AUGAAGUCGGCCGCAUUGGCCACAGAGAUCAGUCCUCCUCCCGCCUCACCACUGGAUGUGGAAGAGGGGAUGCCCAUUGAAGAGCCCCAAGAUGAACCGGCCACAGAGAUCAGUCCUCAUCCUGCCCCACCACUGGAUGUGGAAGAGGGGAUGCCCAUUGAAGAGCACCAAGAUGAACCAGAAGAAGAAGAGGAUACGAAUGGAUUGACAGAAGAAGAACAACGUGAACGCGAUGAAAUUAUACCAUAUUUGCUCCAGCAUGCCUAUCAUUUGCCAACUUCAAUAUGCUGGAGCUCAGCCAGUAUCAAAGCAGCCAAUACUUGUCGCAAAUCAGGCGCCUUCAUGACCACUCUUGUUGUCCUUGUGGUCAUGGCAAUUACAUCCUUUUCUGUCAUGCUGCGAGCUUCUCUUGAAUCCAGCAAUACUGUUAUUGAGUUUGACUUUAGUCCUCUUUUCAAUGACACCAAUGGCACCAAUUAUACUUCAGCAUUCUUGAUGACAGAGCUUGACGCAUUUGACUCCAGCAACUUUACUGAAGCCCCCAUUGUCAUGGCCAGUGACAUCCCCGAUAUUUUGGAGUCCCACAUUCUCGUCAAGGAACAGUUGGAAUCACUCUACAAGGAACAGAACUUUGAAGACUAUCUCUUUGUUGCCAGCUACUUUGUGGAGCUCAUAUUCACCUACAUCAUUUACUACCCCAUUUUUGGGACCAUCAUGUUCAGCGGUGUCUUGUCAAAAUGCUUCAGUUGUUAUCCUUCCUUGCUGGGAGGACGGCCCUAUGAGAUGCAACAAUUGGAGCUAGCCAAACAAUUAAAAGAAGAAGACAUGGAAAAGGGAGAAGUAGAAGUGGAAUACAACAAGACACCCGAUAACAGCCAAGACGAAGACGACGAUAACAGCAAAGACGAAGACGACAACGACAACGACAUGGCUGCUCCGGAGCCCAAACUAGAGCUGGCCAAACAAGUAACAGACGAAGACCUUUAGCUAUCCAAAAAGAUAUGAUUAGAGUGUGCACAUUCACCUCACUGGCUUGCAAACCUCCAUGUAAAGGCAGCUUCUUCUUCUAGUUUCAUUAUUACUGUCCUCUCAGGAGGUAUCGUUCAAACUUUUUCGUGACCUUGCGCAUGUGUUUUUUAUACCAUUUCGAAAGCUGGGCCUGCCGGUCAUCCAGUGCUGCUGGAUCUUGCAACAACGUUUCAAUUGUAGAAUAUACAUCAUCCCACGAGUCGAGCACCAGGAUGGGCGCUUUGGGUUCCACGUCCAACCAGGCGUGGAGUGAUUCCUUACAAUUUUGAUUGGCAUAAUCUUCAUCCCGGGCAAAGACCGGAAUGGAUCCUGCUUCGAUGGCUUCAUAAAGCCGAAAGCAUUCUGGAUUAUGCCCUGUGGGUGCCAACGUGAAUGUGCUGUCCAGAACAACCUGGAUGUACUGGUCUGUAUGCAAAUGACCUGAUUUCCGUUUUGGAUUGUUGAUGUUUUUGACCCAUCUCUCGGCCAUUUGAGCAAAAAUGGUCAGCUGGCUAUUAGUAUUGUUGUUGUGAUGGCUGUUAUCGAUGAUAUUGGCAAGUCGCACCCGACCAUCAUUGGUCGACUUGGAAAAUAUGGCAUUAAAUGCAUACUUGCGCUUGGAUGCUGGAAUAAUGGUGAAUUGACCCCCCUUGCUGGCUUUGAUCUUUUGAAAGGAUGUCCACGAAUCUAACCGUGGUCCCAGAGGCAGGUAUGGUUUGCUGGGGAAAUCGGCGUUGUAGUAUUCUCUCACAUCGUAUCUUCUCCCUUUUUUCCUGCAACGUUCAUCAUUGGUAAUCACCGUUUUGCACCGUGGAUAAUGGCACUUGAGAAUUCGACUGUCACAAAACUGACUGACAGCCAAGCAGGGAGGUUCCACUAUCACUGGCUCGGUAGUGUUGUCACACGUGCAGUUCCCCUCUUGAAUGUUGUAGCGAAUCUUUCCAGAACCAAAGCGAUGCAGAGUUCCAGCUUUGAAAAUGCUGUCUGAGGGGUUUUCCGGUGUGGUGAGAAACACAGUCACGUUGGUAAUACCCGGUUCUUUCUCGCUGUUUGUGGUAGCUCCCUGUGGAGAGGGCACUCGCGAUCUUGUUGUUGAUUCUUCUUCUGGCGUGAUCACAGCGGUUGUCGUGGCCACAUGUGAAGCAGUAUUAUUCUUUAGCGACACAAAAACUGCCUCGUUUCUGAACUGCGAGGAAGCAUGUGUGGACAUGAAUACCAUGAAUAUAAGCACUCCCAGAGCACAGAGAAAAUGGACUGAUCUCGUUUUGUUCUUGUUUACUUCCACAUCGUCAUAAUCACUCGAAGUGCUAUUUUGGAACGAGCUUUUCAUGGCUUCUUGUGAAAUCUUGUGGUGGCGUUUGGUUGGUCAAUUCUCUUGUGGAUGAUGAUGAUACUACUGAAAUGCGACUACUCGGUGCGAAUGCCUUUGUCUCUCACUACAAACGACAAGAUGUUUGAGACCAAGCAGUCCAUCCCUCUGCUGCUGAAGUUGACUUGGUGACUACUAGUACUAGCUACCUAGAAGAGACACCUCAUCCGAGCAGAGUUGAAAGAAAACUUGAAGGGCAUCCUUCGUUGUGUUUUUGUGACCAGUGCCAUCCUGUGUCGUCUUUUUGUGACCGGUGGCUGAGCAAGCUGCAACUCCGGAGUUAAAGUCACCAAGCAAAAUUUAGGGCUUCACACGGACCGGUACCGGUGGCACCAGUGCCGAAGACCAGGGACUGCUAAGAGUGACUGUCAUUCGACUCGAUUGAUUCGACUGAGUCUCGUAGCUCCUCUGAUCAGGACUGAAAUGAAGGUCUUCCACUCCCACAGCUGGCAGGCAUGGAACCGACCCGUACCGCUACUUGGAACUCGGAGCUUGGUUCAUUACAGUACGAGCUUCGAAGCAGAAGUGGUCGACGGCUUGCGAGUUGCCCACGCGGCCAAGGAAUGCGGUGUUGGUAUAUUCGACUCUGGCUGGAGUCUCCACAGCAACGUUUGGAGAUUCGUUCCCAACCUUUGACGAGAGUCAAGCCGGAGAUUUUAUGUGCAGAAGUUCCUUUACGUUUGUUCAAGUUUCAUGGCACUACAUGAAUCUUGCAAACAACGUCUCAAAUAACACGCCGCAUACUACGAUUGGCCUCGAGAUGAGACGAUAGAAUCUACGUCACAAGUUCAGAUACGAAAAUCCUCCGUCAGAAGAUUUGCUUGUACCUCAAACAGUGCAAAGCAGCUGACUUUGGAGAUGCUCUGUUUUGAAUGUAUGAAUAUGGCUUCUAUGAUCAGCCAGCAAGCACAUGCCCCGAGGCGCGAUACUAUGUUGCACCACCUAAUCGGUCCUGCAAUCUUCAGCACUUGCGCACGCGUCAACGAUAUCCUUUUGGAUAUCCAGAUGAAUCCAUUCAAAGAAUUCGGUGUAGACGAUCAAUCUCAACCAUUCCGUUUGGCAAUCACUCAAGUUAGAAAAGAAGUCGAAGCAGGUGCAACAAUACCAGUUGAUGAAAGACUUCUCCUGUAUGCGCUCUAAACCCCGCCCUUGUAAGGAAGUGCACUAGGAUAGGCUUGAUUGUGGGGUCUAGGUUAUUGUACUAGCUAUUGAUUUAGAGAU